UAUACAUCCAUUACGCAAUUUAACAUUUUUUAAAAUGCAGUCAAACGAUAAUGAAAACCAACUUGCCGACCUCCAAGAACUGGCAACAAGACUCACGCAUAGUUAUGAUGCCAGAGCUGGAGCAGCACAGGAAGUUCCUAUUGUGAUGGUGCCAGGAUUUUCGGGAUGGGGAAGUCCUCUCUUUGGCGCUGUCAAUUACUGGGGUGGGAUUGAGAAUAUUCCCCAGGAGCUUGCAAAAGCUGGUUACACGGUGAUUGUGACUCCAAUAGCUCCCAUCUCAUCUAAUUGGGAACGCGCGUGUGAGCUUUAUGCACAGCUUACAUCUGGAAGGCAUGUAUGCAGGAUAAAAUUUCGACCAGAGAUUCUAACAGGAUGCAGAUUCUCCUGGUAUGACGUCGGAAAAGGAACAUUUGGAGAUGACAAGCUAAGCAAUGACAAGCUAAGCAACUUCAGCUGGAUAUGGCAGUACCUUUUUAGAAGAGACACAUCGCGCCAGGGUAUUGAUGUCGACUAUGGUGAUAUAUUUCCAGAAAGAUAUGGAUAUGAACGGUAUACUACAAAGCGAAAACUCCCGAUUAUAUUCACGCGUGAUCGCAAAAGAUGGACCAACUGGGUCUGGAGUAAGGACAAGCCAGUUCACUUUAUUUGUCAUUCACAAGGAGGAAAUACUGUUCGAUAUUUGCUCCAUCUUAUGGAAAAUGGCUCGAGGAAUUUGACAAACGACCCCUCGGGUAGUCCUCCGGCGCACUCGAAAUAUUUCGAACACCCAGGACGCAGCAACUGGGCAAUUUCGGUUUCAACUAUUGGGACACCUCAUAGGGGUACCACAGUUGUCAAUGCCAUCGAGAAAUAUUUCGAAGAAAUGGAUAUUGAGCAGAAGACUAGACUUAUUGGCCGCCUGUUUGCAACUCUUUCUUUCAGCGAACCUGAAAAUAGGUUUUAUGAUCUUCAACUUGAUCAUUGGGGCCUUAGAAAAGUCAGAAAUCCAGCCGGAGAGGAAUCUUUCCAAGAGAUGCGAACAAGAUUGGAAUCUCAUAUACAUGGUGCUCAACCCGGACCAGUGCGUCGAUGGCUCGAUUCAAACCACAAUGGACUUUAUGAUAAUAGCAUUGCUGGAGUCGAUGAUUUGAACAACAAAACCACUCCUACCUUCGACAAUAUAUACUACUUCAGCCUGUCCUUCACCUGUGUGCAGCAAUUUCCGGCCAACUGGCCACAAUGGACGUUACACGCGCUGAGUGAGUUUCCUCUGGCUAUUCAUGACUUUUUCAAGGGAGUAAAUCUCCCAUUUGUCCAGGACGCGGCUCAAUUUGUGCGUAAUUUUGUUACCCAGAGUGGAUACGAGUUUGUGGCUACGCAAACUUCCUUCACCGAUGUUUUUGUUUGGGCUUUGAACUAUCUCGUCAAUCCUUUCCUCAGGGACAAUGGUUACCAAAUCAAAUUACCUGGACCUCCUGAUUACUUACCAGUCCCGAGUGUCUUCCCGCCUAUGCUUCCAAUUGCGUAUGCCAUGAGUUCCUAUGACUUGACCGAUCAUGAAGCCAAUAUUCUAGGAAGUGACUCUCACACCUGGAAGGUCAACGAUGGCAUCGUGAAUACUGCCUCUAUGCAAGGCCCACUCAAUCCAACUGGAGGCCGACAUGGUAGCCACAACGAUGAGCUAAUUGCAGAGGCAAGCUUCUUUCCUCACAAUCCAGAGGAUAUACCAGCAGCCAAAGGAAAGUAUUGGCAUUUCACUCCUAAGACUGGUGUGAAUCAUGCUGAUCAGAUUGGCAAUUUCAUUGAGGAAAACACAGCCAGAUUUACAAUGGACAUGUACAAUGCACUAGUGACAAUCAUUUCUCGCCUUCCGCGAGAGAUGCAUAUAUCUAUGCCCUAUCUCACGCCUGUUCCUGAGGGAUCUGCGGAACCUCACAGCGACUAAGAAUUAGCAAGCAAAGCCUUCAAUUUAGAUAUCACGGGAAUGGAAGCACUGGGCUGGAAACAUUGAUGACGUAUGUUCAAUAGUGCAUAACCGAUGAUCAGGUCGCCGUAGGAGUAGCAGCCUUAAUGGCUAAAUAUAGCCUCCACGCAUCUACGUAUUCAAUAUAUUCAUGUCUCAAGG